UCGGGAAACCAAACCAUUGGUUGGCCAACCACCCCUCGCCACUGCCAGCCGGGGCUCCGGUCCCACACCUACCGCCUCGCUGCCGCCCUGGCCCACGCGCGGGUGAGAGGGGGGACGGGGCGGCAUGUGGCCCCACCACGCCUAUCGGGUCGGGCGGCUGCCGCUGCGGGGAUCCCCAAUCCGGUCGCUCGCCUCGCCGCGCGCGGCGGUUCGUGCUGCCAGCGAGGACGGGGAUCGAGUUGAGCGAGCCCGCCGAGGAAGCUGCCCACCGCCGCCCGGGCCGGUGGUUGUAAGAGCCGCCUCUCCGGCCCCGCUUCCCCUCUUCUUCCUCUCCCCCCACUCCCCAACCACUCCCCCUCCGCGCCGCGUCGAUCCAUCUCGUCCGGGGCGGCAGGAAGCCGAAGCAGCUCGACGCGAGAGAAGAGCAAAGCAAGCGAGGGGUUGGACGGUCGGACGCGGGAACAGGACCGCAGCUGACGCGGCGGCGAGACGGCGGGGAGGGAUGGACGGGCACGGCGGCGGGGCCGGGGCGGGCGGUAAGCUGACGCGGACCCCGUCGUCGCUGCUCCGCUCGCCGACCGUCCGCGCCGGACCCGGCGCCGGCGCCGCGUCUUUCCACACGCUGCUCGACGACCCGGAGCCCGACGACAAGAAGGCGCAGGCCCCGCCGCCGCCGCUCGCCAGCAAGCCCGGGGCGCUGCUCCGCCCCGGCCCGGCCCAGUCCGCGCUGCUGCUGCUCCUCCUCCCGGCCCUCGCGCUCGUCGCGCUGCUCCUGGGCGGCGGCGGGGGGCACCACCUCGCGCUCCUGGCGGCCGCGGCGGGGGCUGCGCUCGCCGCCGCCGCGGCCGUCGCGCGGCUCCGCGCCGGCGGCGCCCGGGCGCGCGCCUCCCCGGCGCACCAGCUCGCGGCCUCCGUGCGGUGGUUCAUCGGCGAGGGUGAGGGCGGGGAGCAGCAGCAGCAGCGGGGGGCGAGGAAGGGGAGGCGCGCGGAGGUGCGGGAGGGCGUCGAGUUCUACAGCAACGGGGACCGCUACGAGGGGGAGUUCCACGGCGGGCGGUGCAGCGGCAGCGGCGUGUACAGCUUCUUCGGGAAGGGCAAGUACGAGGGCGACUGGGUGGACGGCAGGUACGACGGCUUCGGCGUCGAGAGCUGGGCGCGCGGCAGCCGGUACCGCGGCCAGUACAGGCAGGGCCUCCGUCACGGCCACGGCGUCUACCGGUUCUACAGCGGCGACUGCUACGCGGGCGAGUGGGCCGGCGGCCAGAGCCACGGCAUCGGCGCCCAGACCUGCUCCGACGGCAGCUCCUACGCCGGCGAGUUCAAGGGCGGCGUCAAGCACGGGCUCGGCUCCUACCAUUUCAGGAAUGGUGAUCGGUAUGCGGGGGAGUACUUUGCAGACAAGAUCCACGGUUUCGGUGUCUACACCUUUGCCAAUGGCCACAGUUACGAGGGCUCUUGGCACGAAGGGAAGAAGCAGGGGUUUGGGAUGUACUCGUUUCGGAAUGGUGAUGAGCGAGCAGGGGAGUGGGAUUCUGGAAUUCUCAAGAAUUCAAUGCCUCUGUCAGAUCCGGCUGUUCAGCGCGCACUACAGGCUGCUCGACGGGCAUCAGACUGCGCCGUUCACCUCCCAAGAGUGGAUGAGCAGGUGAACAAGGCCGUCAUGGCUGCAAACAGAGCAGCCACAGCUGCCCGAGUGGCUGCCAUCAAGGCAGUGCAGAACAGAAUCGAUGGCAAGCUCUGUUUCAUCGACGUUUGAAGUGCGUUCAAUCAAGAACUGUGCCCUUUCACUUGUAAACUGUACAUUAGCGUAGCGAAGAGCAGCAAUAACCAAUUGCUGAGGUUCGCGACCGGAGCAGCGCAACCGCUUGCUCCGUGUUGGAGAGAUCAGUAAGAUCGGCAGCCACCAAAGGGCUGAGCUGCUGUUGUCAAGAUCGUCGAGAGGUUCGCAUCGUCCUAGAUGGCUGAGAGCAAGGUGACCGUCUUCCUCGUCCUCCUUAUGCAGGCUGUAAAUUGUCAAUGGCGGUUGCCGGAGGCGGUGAUCUGUCAGUGGCUCUCUGUCUUUUGUUGCGCCCUGUUGUACUGUAUGUGCAUUGUACAUGUACUGUGCUCUCUUCCUCGGAUCAAAUGCUCCAAUGGCAAUUCUGGCCGGUUUGAACUUGUGGCGCCAUGUGUAGGGAUUCUCCAUUUGUAAUAGUACUUGGAUGAUGCACAUGGGUGACUGUAAUCUCUUGUGGCGCUGCAACAUGGAGACGCCUUGCUGCUAUCUUAUCUUAACAGCUUCUGAUCCAUUGAUCCA